AUGAACAAGAUCCAGGCGGCUGGCACGGGCAGGGCCCUCGGACGAGUCCGCAAGGAUGUCACUGAGGAGCGGCGCAUCCCCAUCGAGGUUGAAGCAAUAAGGCUGGCUGCGAAGGACCUGGCAGCUGCACAGGAAAGGACUGCUGACCAUCGGAGUGCGAAGGCAGACGUGCGAAGGCACACGUGCUGGCAGCGCGGGAUGGGCGGAUGGGAGAUGCUGCCUGGUCGCUCUACCGACCGCCGACUUCAAUGCCGAGAACGACAGGUGGCAACGCCGCGAGCCGACAAGCUCACUCUCUCUCGCCGGCCUGGCACGGCCCGCAUCCAACACUCCCCUGACGCGCCUCCGCAAGGAGACGAUUCCAGUUGCUCCGCAUCCGUGCCCCGUGCGACCUCGGUGUUCGCACCGCGCCAGCCACGUGCGUGUCAGCAGCGGCGCAUGGCGUCAACAGCCACCUGUUUUUCCGCACUCCUUUUUCCGCCCACUCUGGUGUCCCGGUGUCGGUGCACGCAGGGAUGCCCUCAGUCGAGUCGGGUCACGGGGCCCCACGAUGGACAGCUCGAGAAGCGAGCAGGCGUGCGCGCGCAGGGCAGCGAAAGACUCCAGUGCCGUCCAGCGCCGUGCCUCGCCCCUGCUGCACACCACGGCGCCCUCUGGAGAGCCCGCGCCCGCGCCAGCACCCUCAGCUGCCGCUGCGGCAGCCUCGCGCACCAUGGCCGCUUCACGGUUGCCAGUGCCUGGAAGGCUCGAGAUGCGAGCAUACCGGGAGUCGCACAUGCAGCCCUGUGGUCGCCGAGUGGGUCUAGGUGGCCUCGAUGA